AUGAAGCGCCAUCUCCGCCUUCGGGCGGCCAUCUCGGCGAUCUUCCUGCUGGGCAUCCUGGUCGGCCUGUCAAUCGGCCCGGUGCUGCCUGGCUGGCGCCAUGCCGAUGACCGCAGGACCGCGCGCCCUCCCCGGGCCGAGGCCAUGGCCGGCCGGGGUCCGGAGGCCGGAGCCGUCGCAGACCCGGUGUCACCGGCGCCGGGGCCCGGUGCGACAGCCGGCCGCCAGGCCGAAGGCACCGUGGCCCGGCUGCUGCAGCUGUAUCGCGCCCUCGGCGACCGGGAGCAGGUCAUCCGAGCCGAGCAGCGCCGCGCCUUCGCCGAGCAGGCCUCGCGGCCCGGGAUCGGGCCAUUUCGCCCGCCAGCCGGCGACGCGCCGGCCACCCUCGCCGACCGGGUGGCUGACUUGCUGCCCGGAGGACCCGACCACCAGGACGACUUGGGCUUCUUCUACUAUGCCCAACGCAAGGUGGACCAGAUUGUCUGGGAGGACCCGGGGCUCCGGAGCGCCCGGGCCACAUCCCGACGCCGGGCUCUCGGGACCCUGCUGUCGCGCCUGGGGACCCUGCAAUUCGUGGACCCGGGCCCGAUCUUCCGGCAGCUGGAGCGUGACCUGGCCCUGCCCGGGGGGACUCUGUCGCCGGAGCGGGCCGGCCUGGCGCGGCCCCUGGACGGAGUCCCGUGCGAGCAGCGGCCGCUGCUCCUUUGCUCGCUGGACAAGGAUUGUGGGUUCGGCUGCGUGGCGCACCAUCUGGUCACCUGCCUGGCGGCAGCCCUGCACCUGGAGCGCACGCUGGUCAUCCGCCCCCGGAGUAUCCGCUAUCGUGGCCGCGCCGACCGCGGCUGGUAUGAGUUCUUCCAACGCAUCGGCGACUGCGAGGCCCUCUACGAUCCGCACGCGCCCUACUACCGCCAUGGGCGCCCAAAUGGGGAGCAGGUGCUGCAGUUCCCCAUCAUCGAUAGCUUUGUGGAGGUGCCGGACUUCCUGCCGCCGGCCCUGCCGGGCUACCUGUGGGACGCGGCCGCCGGGUUCCACUCGACGCCGGGCCGGUGGUAUGUCGGCAUGCUGGCCUGGUUCCUGAUGAGGCCGACGCCGGCCUUCGCCGAGCAGCUGGCCAGCUAUGCGUAUGGGGCGGGGCUGCCGGGGGAGCCGGCCACCGGCGGCGACCGGCCCUAUGUCGGGAUUCACAUCCGCCGGAGCGACAAGAUCGGCGUCGAGGCGCAGCUGUACCCGACCGAGGAGUAUGUGCGCGUGGCGCGGGGCUGGUUCGCCGACCACUACCCCGAGCAGGUGGCCCUGCUGCUGGUGGUGACCGACGACCCGGCGGCCGCGAGGGAUUGCCUGUCCGGCCGGAUGGGGCGACCGCUGGCCGUGGUGACCGACCCGGCGGCGGCCCAGCUGGCCGGCGACCUGGCCGAGCGCUAUGGCCCGGCGGCCUUCGAGGCGGUGGUCCGGGACAUCUUGCUCCUGGCCCGGGCCGGGCACCUGGUGUGCACCUUCAGCUCGCAGGUGUGCCGGCUGGCGUACGAGCUGAAGCUGGCCAUGGACUCGCUGGAUCCGGCCGGCGGCUGGAGUGCCGGGUCGUCGCCCGGCGGCCCGGGGCAGCGGUGUGCCAUCGGGCGUGGUGCGCGCCACCGGCGCCUGGCGUGGGACUCGUCGCACGCGGCCGAGUCACUGGACGAGCCGUGGUACUUCGGCGGCGCGGCGCCGCGCCCGGGCCGGCUGGAAGACCUGUGUGUUGUGCCGCCGAGCGUGCCGGUCUCCGCGCGGCUGAACGAGCACUUUCACCGCCAGCUUGCGAUGGAUCCGGCGGCCGGGCCGCAGGGCGCCGACGCGGCGGCCAACGAGGAGCCGCCCCAGGCGCUGGAGCAGCAUGGCAAGUGCCGCCACCGGGGUCUCCGGCGCCCUGACGACGAGGCAAACAUGCCGGCCAGCGCGGCGGAUGGCGAGGAUCGCGCGGAUCCCCCCCCGGACCCGGUGGACGUCGGGGCCGCCGGGCCGUCAUCGCCCGCCACCACCACCACCACCACCACGGCCCGGCCGCGCGACGAGGGCAUCCGCCAAUUCUGCGGCGCGGUGCCCGGGCGCGGGUUCCUGCUGGCCGGGACCCCGCUGACGGUGCUCAGCGACCUGGAAAACUAUGCCCUCGGCUGGAAGACCUGCCUGGUGGUGCCGGCCGCCGCCCGGCCGGGGCGGGGCCGCGCCGAUCGUGUGGAGCGCCUGAACGUGCCGCACUAUCUGGUGCUCGGCAUGUGA